CAGGCAUUAUUAUUUAGAACAUUGAAAUAUUCAACCAAUAAGAAAAUUUCUGAAUUUAUAAGUUCUUCAAAAUCGGAAUCAAAGAGUCUGAAAACUGAAUUACCAAAAUCGACUGGGGUGGUCACGUUGAUCGCCUAUUAUUUCGGAGAGAACCUAAACCAAAUAUUUAAGUGUUUCCAGAAAGAAACCACUUUUUCCCAGAUAUUAAAAGAUAUUCCAAAAUCUCCAUUUAUUGCUUGCAUAGGUAACACGGUAGCGACUGCUGAGACUUUUUACGUCAUCGCUGAACGAGAAGUGGUGUGUUCCUGUAGAUCGUUUUUUGAAGCGGUAGCUUUUCAGUUUGCUUCGUUCUAUGUUUUCAACAUAGAAUAUCCAAAGAAGGCCUUGCUGACGUUUGAUUUUAUUCAGAGGUUCUUCGGUGACAUAAACCCCAGAGGCACUAAGUCGAAAAAAAGUAAAGGCAAAGACGUUCAUGCAAAAGUAAUCGGCCUUGCAAGAAGAGUGAAUCUAUCACAGGCUUAUAUGUGCCGUUGUUAG